CUCCAGAGUGCCAAAAAAAAAAAAAAAAGUGCUGAAGAGUCCAAGGCAGAUGAGGCUAUUUUUGUUUGAAGCUGAUACUUUUAGCUGAGCCACAAGUACUGCUUGGAAAGGGCUUAGGUUGUUUCCAGGGGGAGAACUCUGCAGAGAAGAGGCAAAGUUCAACAAGACAACAACAAAAAAAAAAACAGCCAGAAAAUCCAGGAAAAGGAAGAGCCCUUGUCAAAACCCUCUACCAGAGUUCUCUAAUCCUACCUUAUUCUGCAAAGUGCCACUUGACUGGAACUUUUCAUCUGCUCGAUUUCUGCACCCACCAUGACUGAGAUCACUGCUGAAGGAAAUGCAUCGACAACCACAACUGUGAUAGACAACAAAAAUGGAUCUAUUCCUAAAUCCCCUGGAAAGGUGCUGAAGAGGUCUGUCACCGAAGACAUUGUGACAACAUUCAGCUCCCCUGCAGCCUGGCUUCUUGUCAUCGCUCUGAUUAUCACAUGGUCAGCUGUUGCUAUCGUGAUGUUUGAUUUAGUGGAUUAUAAAAACUUUUCAGCAAGCUCCAUUGCCAAGAUUGGCUCAGAUCCUCUAAAACUAGUGAAUGAUGCUGUGGAGGAGACUACAGACUGGAUCUAUGGCUUCUUCUCUUUGCUAUCUGACAUCAUCUCAUCUGAAGGUGAAGAAGAUGAUGAGGAUACAGAUGAAGACAUUGAUAAAGGAGAAAUAGAAGAACCUCCCUUAAAAAGAAAAGAAAUACACAAGGAAAAGGCUGAAAAACAGGAGAAACCUGAGAAGAAAAUACAAACUAAAGCUUCACAGAGAGAAAAGGAGAAAGGAAAAGAAAAAUUAAAAGGAGAAAAACCUGAGAAGAUAGCAACUCACAAAGAGAAACUUGAGAAAAAAGAAAGACCAGAGACAAAGAUGAUGGCAAAAGAGGACAAGAAAAUUAAGCCUAAGGAAAAGACUGAAGAAAAGGCUAAGAAGGAAAUGAAAGUUGGAAAACAGGAGAAAGUGAAACCAGCAGUGGCAAAAGCCAAAGAAACUCCACCAAAGGCCAGAAGGAAGGAUGACAAAGAGAUGCCAGCUGUGCAUGAGCAGAAAGAUCAGUAUGCAUUCUGUCGGUAUAUGAUUGACAUGUUUGUCCAUGGGGAUUUAAAACCAGGUAUUCCAAACAAUUCUUAUUGUUGUCUGUCUUAAUAGCCUCUGUUUCUAAAACUGUCAGCUUUGUCUGUACUAAGCUGUAUUUUCAUUUAAAAACUUGCAUAAUGCAUGUGCAUACCUAGAAUAAAGACAAUAAAAUA